AGAAACUGUGGCUGAACCUUGCCCCCUGUGGCAGGUUCAUGACCAAAGGUGUAGUCUGCCGCUCACCUGCUGUUUCAGGAAAUGAGGAUUUGAUCGACUCCACACACACCACAGCAGGCACUGACACAAUUACAGCGUAGCACGAUGCUCCCCUGGAAAUCCUGGUUUUACCUUUUCUACAUCCCUCCACUACUGUGUAAAGUGAUGUCAGUGGAGUUCCAGCUGGCACCCCUGAACUCAACAGUGUUGCAGGGCUCUGACGCACAAUUCAAUGCCACCGUGCAGGGACCAUGGCAGGUGAUGACUUGGACUGUCGGAACAACAUUAGUCCUGAUUUUUUCCGAAACCACUGAAAAUAAGUCAUCAGAUCAGUUUUCUGCCAAUUUCUGCGUCAGUGGAAACACAAGCUGUGUGACUUUCACCAUUCAUGACGUCAACACCGCAAACACUGGACCGGUCAGCUGUGCUUUGAUAGGGGCAACCCCGAAGACAGCACAACUUUAUGUUCAAGAGACUGGUUUGGUCAGCAUCACUGGAGGAAAUGUGACUGUGAGGCACAGAUUUGGGGUAAAGUUUGAGUGUGUAUCGACUAACUGGUUCAUCGAACCGUCUGUCAGCUGGAGACAAAACGGUGAAGCUGUGGACAGCAGCCUGUACAACACCAGCAGCAGCCCGUACCAGUCCUCCACCAACGCUACUUACUUCAACUCCACCAGUAUCCUGACAUUUCAGGCCGCCGGGGACACAACAGUUGAGUGCUUGGCUACUGUUCCAGGACUAAAGACCCCAAAAUCCAGCUCUGUCUUCCUGGAUGUCGUUUUCCCUGAUUGGACUGUGCUCAUAGCUGUGGUUGUGUCAUUCGGUGGAUUUGCUCUGGUGGUUUUGCUGAUCCUAGGAAUCAUGUUCUGCUACAAACGCAGGAAGGAAAAAAAAAGAAGUUACGACGAUGAUGUCAGAAGAGUGAGGACACAGAGCCAGCUAGGUCGCAUCACUGCACCUGGAGACAAACAUGGACAAGAAAAUCCAUCUUUUGUGUCCGAUGGUCAGACAGGUUCCAAUGAUGUCACCGAAAGUAACGUUUACCAUGUAAAUCUUCCCGACAUUUUGGAGUUGCCCGAUUUUAGUGAUGGCAAUGCAGGCUUCAUGAAACACAGACAUGCGACCACUGUGUAGGAACAGACUAAAGACCAGGACCUCUACAAACACAGGGGACAUGUGAACGUGUUAGUAAAGUCUGAAGGAAUGCCUGCAUCUUCUCAGAACUAAGACUGAUCUAGUGUCAUAUUGAGGCUGUUCAAUCAAUUUUAUCUGAAAACAAUUUUAUGCUCUUGCUGAACUAUGUAUUUUUUACUGAAACAUUGCGUUUUAAGUUGGGGAAAUGAUAUUUAAUGUAUUUGAGUCUCUUCUAAAACAUUUUAUUAUCUGAAGCGCUAUCCAUUGUUGACAAUACACUUAUGUUAUAAUAAAUAUUU